CAUGGUGGACUCGCUCUCGCCAGAUUCUCGACCACCGCGCCUCUCCUCGUUUCCUUACAACCAUGUCAGAACCACAACCAGCGAACGACAUUCUAGGCCUCGACCUGAAUACUCUGAAAAUAAACGACGACAGCACUAGCGAUGCACCCGAAGUAGCCAAGGACGACCCAAGCGCGUCCGCUCCCGUGGACGCUACUUCUCCCUCCGCAGAGCAGCCACCGGCUAGCACAGAUCCCGAUGCAAAUGAAGACAAGAAGCCUCGUGAGCCGCGCAAGAAGCCCUAUGUGAAUCCCGAACGCGUCAAAACCGGUGGUGCUCAACGGGAGAAACUCAGUGAUGAACAGCUCGCAGAGCGUAUGGUCCGCAUACGGGAGCAGAAUGAGAGAAUCAAGCAGCGCCGUGCAGAUGUCGAGCAAGACGAGCUCGAGUUUAGAAAGACUCAGGAAGCAGAGCGUGCCAAGGCUGCUAAGAACAAAAAGGUGCAGGAAAACAUUGACCGCGCGCGCGAGCAGAACGCUCGCCGCAAGCUGGACAAGAUCCAAAGCCGCGAAUGGGACUCAGGCAAGCCUGGCGUGAAGCGAGCACCUGACGUGCCUGUCGCACCAGCGCGUGUCCCGCCGAGUGAGGGUGCGAGCAUAGGCAUCCGUGGCACUGCCCGUGGUAGUGGCGGUCGAGGACGAGGCAGGGGAAGAGGAGGUGCUCCGCCUACGUCAAACGCGAAUAACGCCGACGCGGCUGCUGAGCUCAUGACGGAGCCCACGACGACUGCUGAAGCUGAAGUACCGGGCUGAGCGUCCUGCGAGAUGAAGUAUACCCCACGACUGAUGUACUGCGUCCUGUUUGCUUUCACCUGCUGUGCUGUGUACUACUGUAAAGAGUAUGUUGUUUAACAAAAGAGGUCUUCACGAAUACC